GCGGUGACGGAGGCCGGGGGCUGGAGCUCAGUGUUGACAUCGCGGAGGAAGAAGCGCUGCGGAGGAGCCGCGGUACUGCUGCUGCUGCUGCUGCUGCUGCUGAAGGACAGAGACGGUCCUGAGUCCGGUCCAGCGCGGGGAGAGAGAGAGAGAUACAGCAGUGGAGGAGCUGAAGAGCAGAGGAUGGGGUCUUCUCUCCUGUAGGAUCUUCACUGCUCCUCCACUCCAGGCUGCUGAAGAGGAACAGCGCUGUAAAAUUCCGCGGAUUUCCAGAUACGAGGAUCCUUCUCCGCCUUCACACCGCGGAAAUCGCAGGAAUGGAGCAACAAAGCCAAACCCAGCCUGAUAUUCCUGCAUCAUCAGCAGAACAAGCUGCUCUCAAAGACGACCCUGCUGCUGUUUCUGCCUCAGAGAAUUCUGUCUCUACACCCAACACACCUCCAACAGCUCCAGCCAGGCCGCGGAGGCCACAGAGGACUCCUCGAGUGGAAGGAUCCAUUGAUGUGACCGAGCCCAAACCUCCAGAGUCUCCAAAACCAAGCCAGGAGAAACCCGGGUCACCUGCUCCGAGUGCUUCAAGUGCUCCCAGCAAACCGAGCCGGCCCUCCGGUCCAGCACACCCGGACCACGCUGGCACAUCUCACGGCCCGCCCUUUUUGGCUGGACACAAAGUAGGUGGGCAUGGCGUUGGGGCCAGAAGCCACAUCUCAAUGAGAGCAGCCUCGCUUCCUCAAGCUCCGUCCUACAAACCGCCGUCCCUGGACUCCGGUCCUCACCCUCACAGGGCGCUCUCUGUGGCCGGAACAGCUGAUACUGAGCCUCAGAUUGUGGAAGAUUUCAGAGUACAUAUUAUCACAUGGAAUGUGGGCUCAGCUGUGCCUCCAGAUGACAUCACUUCCUUGUUGGGACUGAACGUAGGCGAUGGAAAUACAGACAUGUACAUCGUAGGCUUACAGGAAGUGAACUCUAUGAUCAACAAACGACUCAAAGAUGUUCUCUUCACGGACCAGUGGAGCGAGGUCUUCAUGGAUACGCUCAGCCGCUUUGGAUACGUGUUGGUUACGUCUCAGAGAAUGCAGGGGGUGCUACUGCUGAUCUUUGCCAAGUAUUACCACCUGCCUUUUAUCAGAGGAGUACAGACAGAGAACACCCGCACUGGGUUGGGUGGAAUCUGGGGCAAUAAGGGCGGUGUGAGUGCUCGCAUGAAUGUGUUUGGCCACUCGAUCUGUUUCUUAAACUGCCACCUGCCUGCACACAUGGAGAACUCAGAUCAGCGCAUGGAAGAUUUUGAGAGCAUUCUGCAGCAGCAGCAGUUUGAAGGCCAGGCUGCGAUGGGAGUCCUGGAUCAUGAUGUUGUUUUCUGGUUUGGAGACCUCAAUUUUCGCAUUGAAGACUUGGAGAUGCAAGUAAUCAAAACAGCUAUUGACAAUAACAAACUCCCUCUGCUAUGGGAAAAAGACCAGCUGAACUUGGCCAAAGACAGUGAAACCGUACUGGAAGGCUUUGAGGAAGGGCCACUCAAAUUCCCUCCAACCUACAAGUUUGAUGUGGGGACAGACACAUAUGACACCAGUGGAAAAAAACGUAAGCCAGCAUGGACCGACCGCAUUCUUUGGCGUUUAAGGCCAAUGGCACCGCCAAGCAACAACAUGUCCAAGCGCAGCUCAGUGUCAGGACUGACCAGUGGCACCCGGGUGACCCAGCACUUUUACCGUAGCCACAUGGAGUACACCGUCAGUGACCACAAGCCUGUUUCCUCUAUUUUCACCCUGCAGUUUCCAUAUAAGGUGGAUGUUCCAUUGGUAACAAUUAUUGUCGAAGAUGAAUGGAGAGAAAUAGCCGACGCUGUGGCCAAAUUCAAGAUAACACCCAACUACGCCCGAAGUUCAUGGGACUGGAUUGGACUUUACAAGGUUGGAUUUAAACAUCAUAAAGACUACGUGGGCUACACCUGGGCCAAACAGGAGGAGUCAGAUUUCCUAAGACAGGAACACCAAGUUACCUUUUCAGAGGAGGAGUUGCCAAAGGAGCCUGGGGACUUUAUCCUGGGUUAUUACAGCAACAAUAUGAGCUCUAUAGUGGGUGUUACAGAGCCAUUCCAGAUUCAACUGCCCUCCACCAGUCUAUCUGGUCUCAGUCCAUCUGACAGCUCAGACUUCACCUCUGAGGAUGAGGUCAGACAGGCUGACUCACGGGACUCCAGUCCUGUACGAGGCAAGCGCAGCAGCAGCAGUAGCCGGAGCCCCACUCCCACCGGAGGGGAGGCGGGACGUUCCAGCAAACCCCGCUGCAGAGACGCCUCGCCGCAUUCCACCUCCACCGCAAAAGACGACAGCAACGCCAAACCCAGCGACUCCUCCCAUACCCGAGAUGACGAAGCUAACUCAGGGAAGAACACCAGCAUGCCCUAGACGAGCACAUGGUUCAGAAUGAUGAAUAUAAAUUAAAAGAAGGGGAUAACAGGAUUCUCUCGGGGGGGGGUUGUGACGUCUUUGUGCAUUUGCUGUAGUGUGAAGUCGUUCAUUAUGUGGAGCCGUUGUCUUACAUGUUGCAGUGUUGCAGGGCAGAGAAAGGCCUUUAGAGAAUAGCCCCUCUGCAGCUCUACAGAGAGAGGGGUGAGUGCCUGUUUUGCAGUAACCUGAAGUCACACCAUAUGCACAUUCUUCACAUCUCAGCAAGUUCACAAUAAUUCUGGGACCUUCUCAGUAAGCAGUAGAAAAGCAAGAGGUACACAAGCACAUGCGAGAUUCAAAAUAUUAUAUUGUGAUUUAAUCUAUUUGUAUUUUUGAUGCUCUAAAAGCAUUUAUAGUUGCAGACAAAUUAAAGUCUUUGCCAAGAUUCAGAAAAACUGCCAGUUGCCAAUUUGCCAAUUUGGAAAACAACCAACUAGACUACUGACUACUGCAAAAGCGUGAUCGGUGCUUUUGUUUCAGCGAGUGUUUGCUUUUGCAGAAGGGUAUUAGGACAUGAACAGGGCAGUGUUCUUGUAUUUAAAGCAUGGUCAGUGCAUUCUACCAGUGUGCAGGUUAGCUAUAUGAUUUGGGAUGUAGAUUUGUUUCAUUUCUGUCAGGUCCAUCCACUGCAUAAAUAUACAUGCUCCUUUACAUUUCCUUACAUCUAAUAUAUAAUUAAAUAAGGCUGUAAUUGAACAAAGUAAUAUUAAUAUUUAAAAUAUGAAGUAGAUUUUUGUCAUAUACUGUCAGAUUUUCGAUCGUUUAUUCUUGUCGUAAAAAUUUUACCAUAAUAUCAGUUUCCUGCAAGGUUACUGCUGUGCUGUGUUACAGUGUUGUUGUUACAGUCCUUUUUAACCUGCCUGAAAACCUCAAAGUCUCACUCUUUCCCUUUUCUUGAUCUUUCCAGGCAGCCAGAAAUGUUCUGGCAUACACCACCAGUGAUGCACCCCACAGUGUUUCACUCCUUAUUAGCAGUUUGACUGUAGUUCAGCUUGAUAUAAAGGUAAAAAAAAGAAGCUAAGCUAAAGGGAGCCUCUGGGUGGCAUCUGAAUAAGAAAAAAAAAGAGGGUAGGAGGAAAGAGGGAGGCGUAAGCCGAUGAACAGGAUCGUCCACUUGAUAAACGUGUUAACAGUGUACAUUUUUCACAAAGCCGAAGUUCAGCCUCUCCAUAUCAGAGGCGUAGAGAGCGUUCUGUAAAAGUUUUUGUGGUUCUCGAUCUGUACUUUUAGUCUGUAUCACUACUGUAACUGUGGUAGGAAUACUAGGAUGUUCUCUGUCGUCUGGAGUUUUCUAGGAUUUGUUCUCUGUGGUGAAGAUCUCUCCUCUUCUCCCUCCUUCUCCUGCCUUGCCGGUUCUGUUGAUUAGUAAUCACAGUGCUGUCUCCAGUAGCAAUAUGUCGGAGUAGUAGCCAGUGAGUCUCCAGUGCACCAUUUAGAGCGUUUCGUACCAUGUCUACUUAGCUGUGUGACACAGUGUGUUAUCUCACUGUUCUGUGAUGGUGAGAGAGAGUGUGUUUGUGUAUUUGAUCGUGUACAUGUGUUUGCAUGGCCAUAUGUCAUGAUACGGUGAUAUAUUGUGCUGUCAAACUCCUUUUAACACUGCAGCGAGGUGAGAAAAAAGCUGGUUUUACCAUUGAUUAAGGGCCAAUACAAUCAACAGGAUUAAGGUGCUGUUUUAUGUAGUUUUAUUUAUUUUUUGCCUUUUCAAUGUUACUAUCAAAUGGAAAUGCAACAUAAGAAAAAUCAUUUGUAAGAUCUAAACCUUUACCGAGGUCAUUUUGCUUAUCUUGCUAAAGUAUGGGCAGCUCAAAUUCAAAAUUUGCUGGAAUCAAAUAUGGAUUCACAAAUGUUUUAUGUAUUUUGUUGAAUAACGCAGCAAAUCACAGGUGUUUAGCACAAUCCUCAGUCUAACAGUUCCACUGAGACUGUCUUUUCAAAUGACCUUAACAAGCUUAGUUCCAACGUCCAUUUUAGAUAGGAUGUUGUUGAUAGGAUGCUGAUUAAGGACAACUCAGGACGUCUGCAAUUUUUUUGCAACUCUUACGGCACAGGAUUCUGUUCCACAAAAGGGCACACAGCAGAAACAGGCAUGCUUACUUUCUUACUCCUUUGUUAGUCUAAAGAAAUCUUUCAAAUACUGGAAACUAAAGAGCCCUAAAUCACAUCUCAGUAGAAGAUUUGAGAGCAUUUAUACAGACUGCAGGUCCUAAUACGUGUUUUUUAGUUGGUCGGGACUUCUUGGUUCUAGUUUAGACAAAAUUACUGGUUAAAUAGACAUAGCAAAAAAUGUAAUAUUACAGCCCAUCUAAAGUUUGUGUAUAGAAUGUCUUGGUGACAAUUUAUAUAUGUAUAGUCUUAUCUUGUGUAAAAUAGUUCUUUGAUUUUAUAUUUGGAGUGUCUUCUGAAAUGGACCCAUUUUGAUCUCAGUGUAGACAGUGGCCUGUUUUUGUUUUCUGAAUUUCAAAUUCAGAUUUACUGAGAUUUUGUGUCUUGUGAUAAAACAGCAAACCAUUCUCAUGGCCAUCCACAGACCAGGGAGAACUGAUAGUCAGAGACUAGCAUAUAGCUGUUAUAUUGGUUUGUUUUGAGUAGGGUUGGGAAUUGAGUUUAAUACAGAGAAGAAAUGGUGUUUUAUUCAAAAACGUGCAUUAUGGUAUUUUUUAGGAUUAUGGUACGGUUCUGUGGUAUAUCAUGGUAUUUUUUUUUUUGGCAUGGCUGGGACUUUAUAUAGGUUUGUAGCUUAUUCAUGUAUCAAGAGACAUACAUAUAGAAUACAGAGAAUAUAAUACAUUUAAAUUUUAUUAUGUAAAUAAUGAAGGCUUUAAAAACUGCAUGGUUUGCUUGGCCCCACAAAGUAAUACUAUAUAUACUUACUAUGUGCACACUGCACAAUAGUUAAAAACAGUAUAUAAUAUAUGCAAAAAUAAUCUGUAACCUUGCUGUCCUCUAAAACAAAGUGUUUACAGAAUUACAGAAAUCAAUUCUAAGUCCCGUUACAAGAAAAUGGGGAACCAAGGCCAGUUCAGAAACCUCUGCCUUUAAUAUAAUGGUAUAUUGAGUUUGCGUUUUAGUGCUUUAUACAAUGUUCAGUGGAAAGAACAUAAUAUUCAUGCAUAUUGGUAAGGAAUGUUAUUGUUGAAAUAAUGUAGAGAUUAUUAAUGGAAAUUAUGUGUAUAUGAAAUUGAUGUAAAGUAUAGAUGACAAUCAAUGCCAAAAAAUAGAGGAUAUUGUAUGUAUAUUAUGUGUACUGAUUUAUUUUUUCAUUGCAGUAGAUCUACUGUAUUUAAAGUGUCAUUCUGCUGGCCAGUGUCUUGAAAGCAUUAUAAAGAGAAAGUUUCAACUUUUAUUGUUCACUUUAAAAUUUUACUUUUGCAUUUUCUUAAAACGGAUUCAAAGCAUGUCUUUUUUGUUUUUAGUUUAUUUCCAAUUGAUCUAAUUUCAGUUGUAUGCUUUAUUGUAGUUUAAAAUUUUAAAUAUUUAUUUAAUCAACUUACUGAGAGUGUCUUGGGAAGGGAGCCAUCUGGCCACUGUUAUUGUCCAAACACUGUUGUCCUAAAGAAAAUAAAUUCCUGUGAAAUUGGA